AUGAGGCCCAAACUCUGUGUCCUCCUGGUGGUCGUCUCUUGGAUCAUUACAAACCUGCAUGCUCUCCUCCAUAUUCUGCUCAUGGUUCGACUCAACAUUUGUUCCAACAACACUGUGCACCACUUCUUCUGUGACCCCUACCCUAUCCUGAAGCUCUCCUGUUAUGACACCUUUAUCAAUGACCUGACUGCCUUCACUGAGGGGGGGUUGGUAUUUCUGACACCAUUUACAUGCAUUGUCAUUUCAUAUGCUUAUAUCUUCUCUAAGGUACUGAAGUUUCCCUCAGCUCAGGGGAUAAAGAAAGCCCUGUCCACAUGUGGGUCCCACCUCACUGUGGUCUCCCUCUUCUAUGGGGCAAUCCUGGGAGUCUAUAUGCAUCCUUCAUCUUCCUUCUCCAUACAGGACAUGGCUGCCUCUGUCAUCUUCACGGUAGUGACGCCACUGGUCAAUCCCUUCAUCUACAGCCUGAGGAAUCGGGACAUGAAAGGAGCCCUAAGGAAGCUAACUCUCAGGUUCUAG